AUGAAUGUAGCACUAUUUUUUCUACACUUCCAAAACAAAACAACAAAGAAGUCCAACAAUUCAUUAAAGUACAUUUCGAAUAAGCCAUAUAUUAUCAUUUGUAUUGUUUGUACACUCGAUAAGCCCAGCAGUUCAUUUUACUUUAUCGAUUUAGCACAUUUGGUCAACUCUCUUUGCAGUAGUGAUACUGGUGACACUGAUCAAAUAAAUGUUGUAUCACUAUCAAAGUUAUGUGAAGAUUGGAUGAUAUUCAUGGAAGCAUCGCCGUGGGUAGAUGAAGUAUAUGGACAAAAAACAGGUUUAGAACUAUAUUCAUUUGACAUUGGUAACCAGUACUUCACAAAUCAGAUAUUGAAACUUUCAAAAGAGAACAACUUUUAUUUUGAAAAGAUUCACAAUAUUUUAAAUGGAAAUCCGUACUAUCAAAGUGACCAAGGUGUAAAACCAACUCAUGGAUUUGUGGUUAUAGAUACAAAUGAAAAAGUUGUUGCAUUUUGUUUCAUCACACGAUACCCAACCCAAGAUAUUUAUAUUGACUAUGUGUUUGUCUGUUCGACUCAAGGCAAACAAAUAGGAGCAAACCUUUUUUGUUCAGUGGUAGAGAGUUUACAGCCUAGACCAAAAGUGAUUUUUAUUGAAAGUAAGAUAUCGCCACAGGCUGAACACUUUUGGUUCAAUAAAAUUCAGUUUACACCUGAGGAAGACAAUGAAGGUCAAAAAUUUCUAAAGAUUGCUGAUAGAUCAAAUUUUCAACUAAUAAAAUAG